UUCAAUUGAUCUCAUGUUGUGACGCUACAUUUCGUUAGCAAUUACCGUUCAACUAUGGCGCUUAUGGACGUAUGCUUGUCACCCGAGCUGAAAGAAUCAUGCUGUUCACCUACAGCUUGGCAAUCUGAGCCGAACACCUGCGGUCCGAGUCAUUACAUGUUCGGACUGAACGCCAACGAAUUGGCCGUCCCGACUGGAAUGGACCCGGAGCAGUUUCUUGGGCCACUCACAGAGGGAGAUACGGACAUCAAAAUUGAAUUUCUUCAUGGAACGACCACCUUAGCUUUCAAGUUCCAGCAUGGAGUGAUGGUGGCUGUGGACUCCAGAGCAUCUGCAGGGUCUUACAUAGACACAAAAACAUUCAACAAGGUCAUUGAGAUCAACCCUUAUCUCCUUGGGACAAUGUCUGGCAAUGCAGCAGACUGUGUUUAUUGGGAGAGAAGACUGGCCAAAGAGUGCCGGAUUUACAAGCUCAGAAACAAGACACGGAUUAGUGUGGCCGCAGCAUCCAAGCUUCUAGCCAACAUGGUGGCUGAGUAUCGUGGCAUGGGCCUCUCCAUGGGCACUAUGGUUUGUGGCUGGGAUGAGAGAGGUCCAGGUCUGUAUUAUGUGAGCAGCAAUGGCACAAGGUUAGCAGGAGAUAUGUUCUCCACAGGCUCAGGGUCCAACUAUGCCUAUGGUGUGAUGGACUCAGGGCAUAGGUGGGACCUAAGUGUACCUGAGGCUUACGACUUAGCAGAGAGAGCCAUUUAUCAUGCCACACACCGUGAUGCCUAUUCUGGAGGGGUGGUCAACAUGUACCACAUGCAAAAAGAUGGCUGGAUCAAGGUUUCCCAGAAUGAUGUUGGUGAUCUUCAUCAUAGAUAUGUUUCUGAACGCAAGUAAUAUAGGUUGGAGCUGUCACUAAAUAAUGCUAUGACAACUUUUGUUUAAACUAGAGAGUUUCUAUUAGUACAGACAUGUAGCUGGUUACAGAUGAAAAGAUUGUUAACAAAUAAUACUUUCGAUGCAAUUACUGUCUGUAAGAUGAAAUAAAUCACUGUGAAAACA